AUGGACCAACCAAGGAAGAAGAAAAAGCUUUCUACGCAAGAUAACCGCCGAUUAGUUCUUCACCAUAAGAUCAAUUUUGAGGGUCCCAUUCCUUCCGCCAGAUGGCCUCAGAACCACUCAGCUAUAUUUACCGCUAUUCGCAAAAUAGAAGAUGUUAGGUAUGACACUUACUUGGAAGAAUCGCAUUCAGAUCUUCCACAUGGUUCGCAUAAGGCGAAGCUCGUAAGCAAGGCCCGGAAACUUGUCCUGGACGCGUACGCCUGUCGCAAUUCCAACACCAAUGAGGGUACUUGGAGAUCCAAGACCGAGACCCCUCUCUUGAGAAAGUUUGAGGAAGAAAUGGAGUGCGGAAAGUGUAAUCAGCGACGACUACCGAGUUAUCGGGUUGAGUUGAUCUUUCCAAAUGAGGCGCAGAGAUCACAAGCAAUCGAGACUGAACAGGCCUUGUGCAAGUGCAUUGGAGAUGACGCAAAUGAAGAUAAUACUGCUCUCAGCCACAGCGCUUUUGCAGGAAAGCUGCAUGCGGGGAUAAGUGACCCGUUAGUUCCUGAAAUAGGAAUCAAGUAUCCAGAUCAUGUUAUUGGGCUUCAACGGUCAACAUCACUCAAUGCCGCCCUACAAAGGCAUCCGGGUCUAGUCUCUGAUCCAGUGAAGGAUGCUGCGGACAUCUUUCUGAAUGACAGAGCCCCGGAUUUGCUGCUAUCGAGACGCAGACAGCUUUCCCUAUCAAAAGAUUCGUUGAUAUUCAAAAAACUCUCCGAGAACGGCAAAACAAACCAGCGGAAAACACUCUGGUUUGGUUCUUGGCAUUCAGUGGUGAUGAAUGGAGAGUCUAUAUUUAGAAUAAUCGAUGUUUGGCACGGAUGCAUUCUGAGACAUGACUGUGCAUUGCAACUAUGUUUGAUCGUUGAACUUAUAUGUGACUGGGCUUGGGAUAUCUACCGGAAAGACAUCAUUCAAUUGCUUUCUAUUGGACCCGAAGUUAUAUCAGGCAACUUUGGUUCCAAAUUGUCGGGCGCAAACAAGGCGAAAGAUUUCCACUCUGAAUCUUCAGCCUCUUUGAAACAAAAUUCGGUCAUUCGUGACACCAACGAAGUCUUCUUCUCAUUUCGCCAUCUGACACUACCUGAGCUGAUGGAUGACCUGACUGCAAUUCUGAAACCACCUCGCUCGGGCUUUAGAGAAGUUAAUCAGAAUGCCAUCAAGCUGUUGGAUCUUUUCAAUUUAGAGCGGCCACUUCUGCUUCCGACACGCUUUAUCUCUUGUCUAGAGACUCUCUGGACAGGGGCAAACAGGAAACACCCGAUCCUUGACAGUGACGAGCUCGUUUGUGUCCACAUUUCAUUCCGCUCAUACUUUCGGCCAUGCGACUACCAUAUUAUACGACAAAUUUCAUGCAUCACUGCAUCGUCCGGCUCAAUGGACACUCUGCAGCGCUUAACUGGAACCAAGCAUUCCGUGUUUCCCGGAUCUUCAGAUUCUCUAACAAAGCCCGAGGUGGUGCUACCACUGGUAGAGCUAUCCGGUCUCGAGUCAUUGAGAGCAGCUGCCAGAGAUUUGCGUCUCACCUUAUCUGUAAAUAAAAACUCCUCAGGCUUGGCUCUACCCUGCAACUGGGCCCAAGAAUCCUCUGGAGGGGCUUUUGUGUCUAGUCUGUGGGACAACCUGGCAUCAUUUUCUCCUGAAAUCCUUUUGUUUCCCAUAUUCGUCCACUCGAGAGAGAUGCGCAGGAUACCUGCAGGUCAAGGCUCAUGCCAUUCCCUUCAGGUCUUCUUCAAACAGGGCAGACAUGUGCUCUUGCACGGUGCCGCUAUUUUGAAGACACCCAGACACUUACUGCGGCCGCUUUACCCGGAGUAUUGUUUGGUUGUUUUCGAUGGCUCUGAUCUAGAUGAUCGACCGGGUCUUGGCCGUAAACUUUUGCAGUUGGUUGCGAGCAAUAGCUUGUUUGAGGGGAAGUCUUUAUGUAAAGUGACUGCCCAAGACCGUCGAUCCAUUCAUGAUUGGGCUACUCGGCUAAAGGAGAGUAAUGGUUGA